CGACCGAUUGCUAGGCUCCGGUGUGUGCGCAUCCUCCUGGUUGCCAUCGAGCUUCGUCAGCAGUAAACGGCUGGGUGGAAUGGCCUUGGUCAUGGGUAUCGGGCGGCAACUGCUGUAACCUGCACAUGAAUAUCGUGUCGUUUCGUGCCUCUUCGUAAGGCAAAAUUUGCAAUACUGAACGGUAAAUAUUGCAAUAACGAGUCGCGAUCAUUGAGCCACCAGCGACACCAGAGCUAGGCCGCCAUGGGACUGCUGAGUAUCCUCAAGAAGGUCAAGGAGAAGGAAAAGGAGAUCCGCGUCCUCAUGCUGUGCGUCCAUGCGUCUGACUCGUUGCUUUGUCCGUUUACUGAAACCUGUGCGGCUUGAUUUGGCUCACCAGAGGUCUGGACAAUGCUGGCAAGACGACGAUCCUGAAGAAGUUUAUGGGUCAGGAUAUCACUGAGAUCUCACCUACGCUGGGUUUCGACAUUCAGACGCUCGAAUACAAGGAGUACGUAACAUGUGGCAAAUUGUUGAUGCUGGACCUCUCGAUCUCAGCAGUCUAACUGGAAUGGCACGCGGCUACUCUUACCGCAGCUUUAAAUUAAAUGUAUGGGACGUCGGUGGUCAGCAGACAAUCCGCUCGUACUGGAGAAACUACUUUGAACAGACGGAUGGCCUCGUGUGGGUGGUGGACAGCGCCGACCGACGGAGGCUUGAGGACUGCAAGCGUGAACUUACAAGUCUGUUGACCCAAGAGAAACUAGCUGGAGCUACGUUGCUGAUCUUCGCCAAUAAGCAGGAUUUACCUGGUGCACUCUCCUCCGCAGAGAUCGCAGAUGCGUUGGGCUUGCGUUCAGCUCAGUUCUCAACCCGACACUGGAGUAUUAUUUCCUGUAGCGCCGUCACUGGAGAUGGCCUUGUGGACGGCAUCGACUGGCUCGUCGGCGAUGUAGCUAGCCGUAUCUUCCUCAUGGAAUAGCGCUUAGAAGUCAGAGCUAGAGACUUCAACAACAAUUUAUCACCGUUGCUAGCAUAUCGCUCAACAUUGCGCUGAAUCUGUGCGGCCAUCCUAUCCUGCAACAACGC